CUAUCUCCCCACCGAGCCAGCUCAGCCAGGCAGGGCUGGGGAGGGAGUGGGACAGAUUCUGGGAGUGCAGUGGGGAGGAGUCCUGGCUGGGCUGAGCUCGGGGAGCUGCUUGGCAGUGUCAGAGCCCAGGCCCCAGAGCCCUGCUGGAGAGGAGGUGGACAGAGGAGGCAGGCCCUGCGGGAGGUGAGCCAGCGCCAUGGCUGAAGACGGCUACACAGAGCUGGAGAAGGCUGUAGUGGUCCUGGUGGAAAACUUUUACAAAUACGUGUCCAAGAACAGCCUGGUCAAGAACAAGAUCAGCAAGAGCAGCUUCCGCAAGAUGCUGCAGAAGGAGCUGAACCACAUGCUGACGGACACAGGGAACCGGAAGGCCGCCGACAAGCUCAUCCAGAACCUGGACGCCAACCACGACGGGCGCAUCAGCUUCGAUGAGUACUGGACCUUAAUAGGCGGCAUCACGUGCCCCAUCGCCAACCUCAUCCGCCAGCAGGAGCAGCAGUGCAGCCCCUAGGGGAGCCCCGCCAGCCCCGCGAGGCACCGCCCCAAGCCCCGCCCCGUGCCCCUCCCAGGGCCCUCAGCCCCCUACCCCUCACCCUUCUCCGCAUCCUUGCUGAACGCGGUGGAGCGGGGAUGUCAGGACCCCCCUGUGAGUGUCUCAGCCUGGGGAUGCCUCCCCAGGGGGUCUCCGGUCUUCGUCCCUGGAGCCAGCAGGCCCCAGGUGCCUCUCAGUGAGCUCUCAAUGCUGUCUGGGGACCCCAAGGGUUUCCUGACCUCCUAAGCCCACCCGUCCUCCGGCGUCUGACUCCUGGUCUGGCGUGACCGCCAGAGGUCAGCUGGCUGGCCGACGUGUCCCUUCCGCUGGUGGCAGCGGCGGCAGUCGGAGCCACCUCUCCCCGUCCCGUGAGCCCUCCUGGGUAGAGAAGCACUUCCGGGGCUCCCCUCCAGCGGCCUCGGCAUCUGAGAAAGAGCCAAGCAGUGCAAGCCUCCGCCUCUGCGCAGCCACCAGAUGAUGGAAAUAAAGGCUAGGUUUGGAGUUUGUAUCUCCCGCACCUGG